CUGUCUAGUUGUUUGCUCUCUGAGUGCAACUUUCAUCCAUCUUUCCCUAGUUGGUGUGCAGGAGACACCCAGACACUCAACUGACUUCAGGUCCAGUGUUGGACCAUUUCGAUCGGAUACUCCCUGCUGAUGUGGAUAGAUUCCUCCAAGUUGGUAGGCCCACCACCUGCCUCCUUGAUCCGUGCACAUCUUGGCUGAUUAGGAAGUGUCCAGAUGUUGCGCGGACCCCCCGGUUGAAAUUAUCAAUUUGUCCCUUGACACGGGGACAUUCCCAGGAGAACUGAAGGAAGCAGUAGUGUGUCCACUCUUAAAGAAAACUUCAUUAGAUCCCUUAGACCUAUCCAAUUACCGCCCAGUUUCAAAUCUUCCAUAUCUGGGUAAGGUAAUUGAGAGAGCGGUUGCUGAACAGCUUGGUAGGUUUCUGGAGGAAACAUCGGCUUUAGAUCCAUUUCAGUCCGGUUUCCGUCCUGGUUUUGGGACCGAGACGGCUCUGGUUGCCCUAACAGACGAUCUCCAUAGACAGCUGGAUCGAGGCGGGUCAGGACUGCUGAUCCUUUUAGAUUUGUCAGCAGCCUUUGACAUGGUUGAUCAUGAUCUUCUGGACCACCGCCUCGCAGACGUGGGGAUACAGGGCAUAGCCCGUAACUGGCUGUGCUCUUUUAUCUCUGGUCGAGGACAGAGGGUGGCACUAGGGAGGGAAAUGUCGUCGCGCCACUCCUUGGUGUGUGGAGUGCCACAGGGCGCAAUCCUCUCCCCGAUGCUUUUUAACAUCUUUAUGCGCCCCCUUGCCCAGAUUAUCCGGAGCCUUGGGCUGGGCUGUCACCAAUAUGCUGAUGACACUCAGCUCUAUCUGCUGAUGGGUGGCCACACCGACUCGGCCCCGAACACACUGACCAGAUGCUUGGAAGCUGUGGCUGGAUGGUUUCGUGGGAGCCGGUUGAAACUAAAUCCUUCGAAGACAGAGGUCCUAUGGCUGGGUCAGAAUGGCAUGGGGAUGAGGGACCAACUCCCUUCUCUUGCGGGGGCCCAAUUAGUGCCAUUGCCUUCCGUUAAGAGUUUGGAUGCGCAAGUUACAGCAACAGCCAAGGCGACAUUUUUCCACCUUCGCCGCAUCAAGCAGUUGGUCCCUUACCUUUCCCGCCCCGACCUGGCCACAGUGAUCCAUGCGAUGGUCACCUCCAGGCUUGACUACUGUAAUUCGCUCUAUGCGGGGCUGCCCUUGAAGCUGACCCAGAAACUCCAGUGGGUGCAGAAUGCUGCAGCGAGGCUCCUCACGGGGUCUGUGCCAUGGGAGCAUAUUCACCCAGUGCUUUUCAAGCUGCACUGGCUCCCGGUGGAGUACAGGAUCAGAUUUAAGGUGCUGCUUUUGACCUUUAAAGCCCUUCACGGCCUAGGACCCUCGUCCCUACGGGACCGCCUCUCCCGGUAUGCCCCACGGAGAGCCUCAAGGUCCAGAAAUAGCAACACCCUAGUGGUCCCGGGCCCUAAGGAAGUUAGAUUAGCUUCAACCAGAGCCAGGGCCUUUUCAACUCUGGCUCCGGCCUGGUGGAACGCUCUGCCUCAUGAGACCAGGGCCCUGCAGGAUCUGAUUUCUUUCCGCAGGGCCUGUAAGACAGAGUUGUUCCGCCUGGCCUUUGGCUUGGUGCCAAUUUGAUUCCCUCCCUCUCUUUCUUUUUUCUUUUCCUUCUCCU